AUUGGUCAGGUUUUGUAUAUCCUUUAAAGUAAAUUUCCUGUAUGAUUAGAGAUUGGUAAUAGUGCAGCACUUAUUUAAAGCCUGUUUGCAAUCCAAAUUCUGUUUGGCUUACCAGCUCUCAGGCUGCCUUGCAUAUACUGUGGUUAGCACUUGAGCUGUUACAACGAAAGGAGUUGUAAAGUUGUAGAUCUGUUAUACCAGGAGUGUGAACAAGAGGCCAGUACUGCUGCUCAAAGACGUACCAAAAUACAAUGGCUAAGAACUUUCAAGAAGAACAGUGUACUGGUGUGAUCAAAUUCACACCACCACUGUACAAACAACGUUACCAGUUUGUUAAAGAUUUAGUGGGAAAAUACAAACCUAAGAAGGUGGCAGAUUUAGGAUGUGCAGACUGUACACUUCUCUGGAUGCUGAAAUCCUACAAUUGCAUUGAAGUGUUAGCUGGACUAGAUAUCUGUGCAAGUGUGAUGAAAGAGAAAAUGCAUAGGUUGUAUCCUCUUCCUGGUGAUUAUUUGCAGCCCGCUGAAAGAUCGCUGACUGUUACACUGCAUCACGGCUCAGUUGCUCAUGAAGAUCCCUGCAUGCUUGGUUUUGACUUGGUAACAUGCAUUGAAUUGAUAGAGCACCUGGAAGAAUCAGAGCUAGAGAAGUUUCCUGAAGUGGUGUUUGGUUUCAUGGCUCCCACCAUGGUGGUUAUCAGUACUCCAAAUUCCGAAUUUAACCCCUUGCUUCCAGGAGUGACAGUUUUCAGGCAUCAAGACCACAAAUUUGAAUGGGACCGAACACAAUUUCAAAGUUGGGCUUUAGAUGCUGCUAAACGCUAUGAUUACUCAGUGGAGUUCACUGGUGUCGGGAACCCACCAGCAGGAAAGGAGGAUGUUGGGUUUUGUACCCAAAUAGCCGUGUUUGUUAAAAAAUAUCCUCAAACCAGGGAACCAGCACAGUCUAAGAAAGCCACUGAAACAGUUUACAAAACAGUCUUCAAAGCAGUGUAUCCGAGUCUUAAAGAUGAGAAGUACCUGCAGAAUGCAGUGAUCAGUGAAGUUCUGUUCACAGCACAUGUCAUUAAGCGAAGUCUGCCGGACCAUUUAGUGUCAGAACAGGAGGACUCUGAUGAUGAUCCUACUGAGAGACAAUUGCAACUCCAGCGUUCAGUGAACUGUUUUUCAGAAGAUCUUGAAAUACUGGCUGUUGAAAAAAGCAUGGAGCCACUUACCAAUGGAAGUGUGGUUUAUAUACCUCUAAGAAAAAUAUUCUCUUUUCCCAAAGUGAAUCGACUUUGUGGCACAUUUGAGAAGUUGCGCGAGCUUAUUACUGGCAAGGUCACACUGAGCAGUGAUGGUUCUGCUGUGGUGCUCAACACUGAAUGUGAAAAUGAAGAGAAUUAGAUCACAGAUUCCUCAUUUAAAGUUAAAUUAAUGUAAUGAAAGCAUUGGCUUCAGUAGCUAUAGGAUGGUAUGGUCUGUAUGCUAACGAUAACCACAAAAUCAUUCUUAAACUUCCCAGUUGU